AUUCAUCUCAUUUCUUAUUUAGCGACCAAAGAUGGUGGUGAGCGAGGACCACCAGGAGCUGCUGCCGCUCGUGCACGGCGUUCAGGACGGUGCCUGCGUGCCCGCAGCCGAGGACGUUCCUAGUGUGACUUCAUCUCAUCGCCGCGACGACGAGGAACGCGUCGUGUUCCUAGUGGUGCCAGGUCUCGCGGAACAUGAUCAUGCCGCCGCCGGAAAGAUCGAAACAGCGCUCAAACGCAGCGCCUUGGGCGUGCGCAUUGUGCAGUUGGACCUACUGGAGAAGUUGGCGAGGAUCGAGUUGCUGUAUCGCGCGGACGAGGAGAUGGAGGCGGCGCUGGCCGACGAGGUGCGGCGCGCCACACCCGACCAACUCGUGGCGUACCCCGUGUGGCAACAUCGCGAGCGUAUCGUUCGCCUGCGUGUAGACGGCAUGCGCUGCAUGACUAACUGCGGUCGGCAAGUGAUCCGCGCGCUAGAACAGAUCCCAGGCGUACUUCACAUUCACGUUGACUCCAAGUCCAGGACAGCUGAGGUGGCACUGGCAAAGGGCUGCACAGCGACAGAGGUGGAUCUCAUCAAGUACAUUCGCGCAGCCAACCCACGUUUUAACGCAUCGAUCGCGAAGGAGAAGAAGGAGCGCACAGGCUCAGUACCUGGUGCGAUCUUGUUAAACAUCACAGGCAUGAGCUGUGCCAAGAACUGUGCUACAAAAGUUCAAGCAGCAUUGCAAAGUGCUGAAGGGGUGAUUGACGCUACGGUCGACUUCAGUAACAAGCGCGCCACCAUCAUUCUCGAGCCGGAGAGCAAAGUGACAGAAGAAGAUUUAGUUCAGGUGGUACGCAGUGCUGGCACGAAGUUCGAUGCGUCGCGUUAUGAGCUUUUCAACAAUGACGGGGACUCGCGCGUGGUGUAUCUAAUGAUCGAAGGCAUGAGCUGCGCGAAGAACUGCGCUAGAAAGGUACAGGACGCACUGAAUGGCACCAAGGGAGUCAUCAAUGCCAAGGUGGAUUUUGACACGAAGCGCGCUACCAUUUUCUUGGAGACGGGAAGCCAUGUGACGGAAUCCGAACUGAUUGAAGUCGUGCACUCCGCCGGUCAAAAGUUCACAGCUUCAGUUGCGAAACCAACCAGCGGACUGCGUACAAUACUUCUUAAAAUCGAGGGCAUGAGCUGUGUGAAAAACUGCGCAUCCAAGAUUGAACGGGCUUUGACUGCGGUAAAGAGCGUAGAGAGCGCCACGGUGGAUUUCCCGCUUAAUCGCGCUACUAUUCAGCUCGAAUCGGGCAGUUCACUGACGGAGAACGACCUCAUCGAAGUUGUUCGCAGUGCUGGCGCGAAAUUUGAUGCAGCGGUGUACGUUCCGUCGUUCAGCCCGCGCACCGUGCUGCUGGAGAUUGAGGGCAUGAGCUGUGCCAAGAAUUGUGCACGCAAGAUCCAGCGAGCUCUCAGCGAGACUGACGGCGUUGUGUCUGCAUCCGUCGAUUUUGCAGCAAAGACGGCGACAGUUGAAGUGGAUCCUGAUGGCCAAUUUAACGACCAAGACUUGCUGCAAGUUGUUCGAAAGGCUGGAUCCAAGUUCCGUGCUCGUCUCAUCAAGCCAACAACGCAACAAGUUACUGAUGUUGUGGACAAUUCUGCGAAGAGUGAAGCUGAGUUGCAAGCUAAGUCGGAGGUGGCUUCGACUGCUGCGUCGGAUGAUGUUGCGAUUUCUAUCGACUCCGACAAGACUGAGAUUGGUGAGGCAACGCUUUUAAUUGGUGGGAUGACGUGUACCUCGUGCUCCAACUCGGUUGAAAACGCACUGAAACAAACGGAAGGCGUUGUAUCUGCUGUUGUCAGCUUCGCGACGGAGAAGGCGACAGUCCGCUUUGAUAAGGACAUCGUUGGAAUCCGAACGCUUGUUGAAACGAUUGAGGAUAUCGGAUACGAUGCAUCGUAUGUGUCAAAAUCUGAGGCGCAGAAAGCUCUGGGAGACCAACGUGCCAAGGAGAUCACGCGGUAUCGUGUCGAUUUUUUCGUCUCCGUGCUUUUCACUUUCCCGAUUGUCCUCAUUAUGAUGGUAUUCGACAAUAUCGCGCCUAUUGAACGCGGUUUGGCUUCGGCUAUUCUUCCUGGGAUCUCGUGGCAGACAUUGAUUGUGGCAAUUCUAGCCACUCCUGUCCAGUUCUACCCUGCGCGUCGGUUUCAUGUUGAUGCUUGGAAAGGUAUGAGGAACAGGAUGUUGGGCAUGUCGUUCCUGGUGUCGAUGGGCUCCAAUGCCUCGUACUUCUACGGUCUGUUCAGCAUCAUUCGCGCGUUUUUGCUGAGCGAUUCAAGUGUCGCCAAUCCGGACAUGUUUAUGACAUCGUCGAUGCUGAUUUCUUUCGUGAUUCUUGGCAAGUUUUUGGAAGCAAUCGCCAAGGGCAAGACAUCGGCAGCACUGAGCAAGUUGAUGGAACUACAGGUCAAGUCUGCCACGUUGUUGGUUUUCAGCGCUGAUGGAACAAGAAUCCGGGAAGAACGCAUUGUCCCGAUUGAACUGGUUCAACGUGGAGACAUCCUCAAAGUUGUUCGCGGCUCGUCCAUUCCAGCCGAUGGUGUCAUCGUGUACGGCGAAGGUCGGAUUGACGAGUCGAUGUUGACGGGUGAAUCCAAGACUAUCAAGAAAGUUUCGGAUGAUCGUGUGAUGGGGGCGACGGUGAAUGUGGACGGAUUGUUCCACAUGAAGGUGACCGGUGUGGACAACGAUACUGCAUUGAGCCAGAUCAUUCGUCUCGUGGAGGACGCGCAGACUUCAAAGGCGCCAAUCCAGGCGUAUGCAGACUACGUCGCUUCCGUUUUCGUCCCUACAGUACUAGGGCUUUCUUUCCUGACGUUCUCGGCAUGGUAUCUCCUCUGUAUUUUUGAGGUUGUUCCCGGAAGCUGGAUUCCUCACACGGACAGCACGUUCGUGUUUGCGUUCAACUUCGGUAUUGCUACACUCGUUGUGGCUUGCCCGUGUGCUUUGGGGUUGGCAACGCCUACGGCUGUCAUGGUCGGAACGGGUGUUGGAGCUGAGCACGGCGUGCUGAUCAAGGGCGGUGAGCCGCUGCAGGCUGCACACAACAUUAACACGAUCUUGUUCGACAAGACGGGGACUCUGACGGUGGGAAAGCCUGUGGUGACAGACGUGGUGGUGCUUACGAAGAAGCUUAGUACUGAGGAGCUGAUUAUUCUCGCUGGAUCGGCUGAACUUGGCAGCGAACACCCCCUCAGUAAGGCGAUCAUCGAGUACGCAAAGUUCAUCUCGUCAUCUCUCGAGCAACCGACAGGUUUCCGUGGAGUUUCAGGACGAGGCAUUGCGUGCAUGGUCGGUGGGCACAAGGUCGUCAUUGGCAACCGAGAGUGGAUGGCGGAUAACGGUAUGAAGCGUUUGACCAGCAUUGUGCUACAGCAGGCCACGAUGACGUUCCAGAAUGCCGGGAAGACUACCAUUUACAUGGGCGUAAACGAUGAGCUUAGCGCCGUCUUCGGUGUGGCGGAUGCUCCUCGCAAAGAGUCUAUUCGCACGUUAAAGAAGCUGAAGCAGAUGGGUCUGGAGGUAUGGAUGGUUACUGGUGAUAACGCUCGCACUGCCUUCACCAUUGCUGACCAGCUCGGCAUCAGUCGACGCAACGUCAUGGCCGAAGUGGUCCCUUCCCAGAAAUCUUCAAAGGUUAAGCAGCUCCAGAACACUGGCCGCAUCGUUGCCAUGGUAGGUGACGGCAUCAACGACUCGCCUGCACUGGCACAAGCAGAUCUGGGCAUUGCAAUUGGCGGCGGCACCGAGAUCGCCAUGGAGACGGCCGGUAUGGUUCUCAUGAAAGCCAAUUUGUUCGACGUCAUCACGGCGCUGGACUUGUCCCGAACAAUCUUCAACCGGAUCCGUCUGAAUUAUGUGUGGGCACUUGGCUACAACUGUCUGUUGAUCCCGCUGGCUGCUGGAGUGUUGUAUCCAUUCGGCUUCAGCAUCCCGCCCAUGUUCGCCGGCGGUGCCAUGGCCAUCUCGUCCGUGUCGGUGGUCACGUCCUCGCUCCUACUCCGAUAUUACUCUCCUCCAGCUCUCCCAGAGGAUUUCAGCGUGGACGACUCCAAGUCGCUACUCUUCAAGAAGCCGACGGUCACCACGCCACUGCUGGCCUCCAGCACGUUGGAAUAGACAACACGAAGGUUGCCACGGUACAUGUUGCAAUGAGACUUUAGUACAUUUUCGUAAUAUUCAAUACAAAUUUACGUUAUACCAGGACAUUUCGA